AUGCACGGCCUUCUCCUUGCCGCCGGGCUUCUUAGCCUGCCACUCCGUGUACUCGCACACCCCCAGCCAAGCACAAGCCUCACUAGCCAAGGUGUAGACUUGAAUGCCUACCGCAUGGCUGACAGGUCCAGCUACAUGAGUUCAGAUGAGAUGAAGCUCGAACAGCCCAGCAUUUCCUCUCUCAGUGGCGGUAACUAUGUGGAAACUGCUACAGAAGUUGUCAAGCGCAUGAUGCCUGGCGUGACCUUCCGCAUGGUUGAUGAUCACUACGUCGGUGAAUCUGGAAUUAGCCAUGUAUACUUCCGCCAGACCAUGCAUGGCAUGGAUAUCGACAACUCUGACUUUAACGUCAACAUUGGCAAAGACGGAAAAGUGCUUUCCUUUGGAAACUCCUUCUACACCAACCCUACACCCGAUAAGGCUCCAGUCGAGAAGCGUGACUUCUCCGAUCCUAUGAAGGCUCUCCAUGGCGCCCGCAAGGCCCUUAACCUGCCUAUCAAUGCCGAUAAAGCGACGAUAAAGUCUAUGAAUGAGCAUGAAGUUAUGUUUAUGGGAACUUCUGGAGCCCUUUCCGACCCACAGGGCAAGCUUUGUUAUAUGGCCAAAGAAGAUGGAACCCUGGCCCUGACCUGGAGAGUGGAGACUGACAUGGGUGACAACUGGCUUCUAUCCUAUGUUGAUGCCAAAGACACUGACAAAGUCCACAACGUUGUUGACUACGUCUCGCAUGCAACUUACCAAGUCUACCCCUGGCCAGUCCCUGAUCCAACUGAAGGGAAACGCGCGGUUCUUCAGAACCCAUGGAAUCUGAAGGCCUCACCAUUCACAUGGAUCAGUGACGGAAAGAACAAUUACUCCACAACUAGGGGUAACAACGCAAUUGCACAGGCUAACUUUGAUGGUGGAUCGGAUUACCUCAAUAACUACAGGCCAAACAACAAGAACCUCAAAUUUGAAUAUCCAUAUGCGCCAAACAUGAGCCCUCCAAAGUCAUAUAUUGAUGCGUCAGUUACCCAGCUAUUCUACUCUGCCAACAUGGUACAUGACCUAUACUAUAUGCUUGGCUUUACCGAGAAGGCUGGUAACUUCCAAGUCAACAACCGCAACCAGGGUGGUAAGGGCGGUGAUUUUGUCAUUCUCAAUGCGCAGGAUGGCUCUGGUACUAACAAUGCCAAUUUCGCUACUCCACCCGAUGGCCAGCCUGGACGUAUGCGAGUGUAUAUUUGGACCAAGGCCAAACCAGCUCGCGACUCCUCUUUCGAAGCCGGUACCGUUAUCCACGAGUACACCCACGGCCUUUCUAACCGCCUCUGUGGUGGCCCUGCCAAUUCAGCCUGCUUGAACGGCAUGGAGUCCGGCGGCAUGGGUGAAGGAUGGGGUGACUUCUUCGCAACCGCCAUCCGCCUCAAGCCAAACGAUAACCGCAACGCAAACUACGUCCAUGGCGAAUGGGUCAACAACAGCCCCAGGGGUAACAGAAUGUUCCCAUAUUCCACCAGCCUUCAGACCAACCCAUUGGUCUACACAUCCUGUAACAAAUAUAACGAAGUGCACGCUAUCGGAACCGUAUGGUGCUCUAUUCUCUACGAGGUGCUAUGGAACUUGAUCGAUAAGCACGGCAAGAAUGACGGACCCACGCCCGUGUUCGAAAACGGUGUCCCCAAGGAUGGUAAAUACCUUGCCAUGAAGCUUGUUCUCGAUGGAAUGGCAAUUCAACCAUGCAAACCAACUUUCGUGCAGGCUCGCAACGCCAUUCUCGAUGCUGAUAUGAACCUCACCAAGGGUGCUAACAAGUGUGAGCUGUGGAAGGCCUUUGCUAAGCGUGGAUUGGGCACUGGUGCCAAGUACGACCCUAAGAACCGAACUGGCAGCAAGGCUGUUCCCAAGGAGUGUCAGUAG